GACCAUGUAUAUUUACUCAACUACAACCUCUCCUAUCCAAGUCAAACACACAACUCGGGUGUUUACGGCGCAGACCUGAACGACUUUCCUCUGGAGCAGCUUAUGGUUGCGCGCAGAGAGGAUGCUUUUGUGUCUUCAGCUCACACCAGGAACAAGGAACCAGUGAAAGCGCUUUGUUGGUUUUGAGAUUGUUUUUGUUGCUGUUCACAUCAGACACAAAGGAGUUAUUUCCUUUUAUGACUUUAUAAGGAUUGCCACUGGAAUAUGCGCUUUUUGCUCGAUCACCGGACUUUAUUGUGACCUGUAGCACCACCUGUGGCACCGGCAAGGCACCAGCACAAGAGGCGUUUUGCUUGGUUAAAUCUUGAAGAAAUUACAGCUGCAGCUGCGGUGAGGAUUUUGCAGCGGGACAUUGACAUAUAGCACAAGAUUUCCAACAGCCAGCACUUAUUUUUUGCCUUUUAUUAACUGUAUUUGCUCAGGGUAAUAAGCCUCACUGUCACAGGUUGCUGACAGCGCAACAACUUUCCUGUGCGGCACGUUUUACGCACACAGGAGACGCUUGAGCUCGAGGUGAGGCGAACGCACGGGGCUGUGAGGUGGGAAAGAAGACAAAAAAACCAAAAGAAGCAGGUAGUCCAGACAUCCACAAUGACGGACGGUGCAAGACAACGGAGCAGCACGUCGGGCUCUGUCAAGGAUGCUGCCGGUGAGGAGUCAGGAGGCGGAGUGGCGCUCAAGAAGGAAAUUGGGCUUGUGAGCGCCUGCGGUAUCAUAGUUGGUAACAUUAUCGGCUCAGGUAUCUUCGUCAGUCCCAAGGGAGUGUUGGAGAACGCCAGCUCUGUGGGCGUGGCCCUGAUCGUCUGGAUCAUCACGGGCGUCAUCACAGCCAUCGGGGCGUUGUGCUACGCCGAGCUGGGCGUCACCAUCCCCAAGUCAGGGGGAGACUACUCCUACGUCAAAGACAUCUUCGGAGGGCUGGCUGGGUUCCUGCGUCUGUGGAUCGCCGUGCUGGUCAUCUACCCGACCAACCAGGCCGUGAUCGCGCUGACGUUUUCCAACUACGUGCUGCAGCCUCUCUUCCCCACCUGCUUCCCGCCGGAGAAUGGCCUUCGUCUGCUGGCUGCUGUCUGCCUCUUGCUGCUGACAUGGGUGAACUGCUCCAGUGUGAGGUGGGCCACCAGGGUGCAGGACAUCUUCACCGCUGGCAAGCUCCUGGCCCUCGCCCUCAUCAUCAUCAUGGGCAUUGUGCAGAUCUGCAAGGGACAGUACUACUGGUUGGAGCCGGCCAAUGCCUUCGAGCCCUUCCAGGACUAUGAUGUGGGUUUGAUAGCCUUAGCCUUCCUACAAGGCUCCUUCGCCUACGGAGGGUGGAACUUCCUCAACUACGUCACGGAGGAGCUGGUGGACCCCUAUGUGAACCUUCCCCGUGCUAUCUUCAUCUCCAUCCCCCUCGUGACCUUCGUUUACGUCUUUGCCAACAUUGCCUACGUCACAGCCAUGAGUCCCCAGGAGCUGCUCGCCUCAAACGCCGUUGCCGUGACGUUUGGUGAGAAGCUGCUGGGAGUCAUGUCCUGGAUCAUGCCCAUCUCUGUGGCUCUCUCCACCUUCGGGGGAGUCAACGGUUCCCUCUUCACCUCUUCGCGACUGUUCUUUGCUGGAGCCAGAGAGGGCCACCUCCCCAGUCUGCUGGCUAUGAUUCAUGUGAAACGCUGCACUCCCAUCCCUGCUCUGCUCUUCACUUGCCUGUCUACCCUGCUUAUGCUGUGCACCAGUGAUAUGUACACCCUCAUCAACUAUGUGGGCUUUAUCAACUACCUCUUCUACGGAGUCACUGUCGCCGGGCAGAUUGUCCUGCGUAUUAAACAGCCUGACAUUCACCGACCAAUCAAGAUCAGCCUAAUCUGGCCAGUCAUUUACCUCAUCUUCUGGGCCUUCUUGCUCAUCUUCUCCCUUUACUCCGAGCCUGUGGUGUGUGGCAUCGGCCUGGCCAUCAUGUUGACCGGCGUCCCCGUCUAUUUCCUGGGAGUCUACUGGGACAAUAAGCCACAGUGCUUUGACGCCUUUGUUGAUAAAAUGACAUACCUGGGCCAGAAGUUCUGCGUGGUGGUUUAUCCAGCCACAGGAUCUAGUGACGGGAACGGAGAUGAAGGAGAGGAAAUGAAGGAGGCCAGGUCUCCGCUGUCCAAGGAGGACAGUGACAACCACAAGUCAGCGGACUGCUAAAGUCUUACUCUACCGCCUGCCCCAAAAUAAACAGACAUAUGCAGACGCACACAUGGGUGCACAUACACCACAGUCUGUAGUGGAUUUACUGAUCAACACAUGUGCCCCCCCCCCCCCCCCCCCCCCGACUUUGUCUUUCAUAUUUUUAUUUGGUUUUAUAUCAAUCAAUAAUUUAAGUGCCAAAUAUAGCGUGAGGUAUUUAGAGUAAUAUGACCCCAAACUUUUCAGUCUGGGGUCCUUCACAAGUGCAAUAAAGAAAGGCUACCACCUUCCAACUCCUCCAUGAAUGCUUAAACAAAAACAUUUACCACUCAUCGUCCUGCUUCUCUUCUGACACACACUCCCUGCACACUCCUACUGUAAGAGCGUUAUCUUUUUUUUAAAUUUUUAUCAAAAGACUCUUAUUGUACUGUGAUGGCUACGCAAACUUUUUCUUUGUUUUGUUUUUCUUGACAUUGUAAAUGUUGCUUUCAACACACCAAAGCUGUACUUUUGAUCGUCAAAGCAGAAAAUCAGAUUCAGAUCAAGUCAUUUCAAGUUGUGAAGUACACUAAGUACUGUGUUUUGUUUUUAAAGGUGACUGUGAUUCCGAAAUAUUUUAUCUUUUGUAAUUGUGAUAAUUGUUUAUAUCAUUUGACUUUGUUGUUAUGCUAGUUUUAAUAUGUUAAUUUUAGAUUUGUUGAUAUUUUUUUUUCUAUUCAACAUCAUAUACAUCUGGGCCUAUUUUUUUACUCUUGUGGAGGCGUACACCUGAAAGCUGAUGUGUGAGUUGUAGUUUGUAUCGGUAAAUGGUGCACAGUUCUUGUUAAUUGCCUUAAUUAGAAUAUAGUCUGUACUGUGUCACUACAGCUUUGUUUUGACAGUAAAUCCUCGUACUUCGGGAUAGUUUAACAUUUUAUGGAAGUAAUAAAAAAACAACAAUAAAAAAGUGUAUACUAGUAUGGACACUACACUGAUAAUUAACCCGUUAAAACUGCAAGUCCAGCACAGACACAUGAAAGAACAUCAUAGGCAAGACAUGAUAGUGUUCACCACCACAUUUGCAUUGUUUGUGUGCAAAUCCCUACACCGACACAUCUGAAUGCCUGUGUGAUUUUUUAUUUUUUAAAGAGGCAUUGAUUGUCUUACAUGUUUUACGAAAAAAAGUAUUUUUGUAGCUUGCCAUCUAGCUGUGUUUAAAUGUUUUUGUUCUUUAUUUAGGUUAUUGCCGAGCCCCUAAAGUCCUGAAAGGUGACAUUUUUUAUCUUCUGCACGCAAGUUAUUCAUCUUGUGGAAACUAGUUAUUAUCUCGUGGGAACAAGUUAAUUAAUUUGUGAGAACAAAAUAAUUAAUUUGUGGGAACAAGUUAAUUACCUUGUGUGCACAAGUUAUUAAACUUGUGGUAAAGAGUUCAUUAUUUGGUGAGCAUAUAUACCUUGGGGGAACAAGUUAAUUAUCUUGUGCACACAAGUUACUAAACUUGUGGGAGCAAGUUCAUUAUUUGGUGAGCAUAUAUACCUUGGGGGAACAAGUUAAUUAUCUUGUGGGAACAAGUUAAUUAAUUUGUGGGAACGAGUUAAUUAUCUUGUGGGAACAAGAUCAUUAACUUCUGUGCACAAGUUUUUAGAACUUGUGGAAACAAGUUAAUUAUCUUAUGGGAACAAGUUGAUUAUCUUGUGGGAACAAGUUAAUUAUCUUAUGGGAACAAGUUAAUUAUCUUGUGGGAACUAGUUAUUAGCUUGUACUCACAAGAUAUCAUUCUUGUGAGAAAAAGUUAAUUAAUUUGAGGGAAUGAGUUAAUUAUCUUGUGCGCACAAGUUAUUAAACUUGUGGGAACAAGUUAAUUAUUUGGUGAGCAUAAGUUAUUUACCUUGAAGGAACAAGUUAAUCAUCUUGUGGGAACAGGUUAAUAAUUUUGUGGGAACAAAAUCAUUAACUUGUGGGCACAAGCCUUUAACUUGUGGAAACUAGUUAAUUAUCUUGUGGGAACUAGUAAUUAUCUUGUACUCACAAGAUACUAAUCUUGUGGGAAAAAAAUAAUUACGUGGUGAGCAUAAGUUAUUUACCCUUGAGGAAAAAAAUGAAUUAUCUUCUGGGAACAAGUUAAUUAAUUUGUGGGAACGAGUUAAUUAUCUUGUGGGCACGUUAUUAAUCUUGUGGGAACAAGUUAAUUAUCUUGUGGAAACAAGAUAACUAACUUGUAGGCACAAGUUAUUUGUCUUCUGGGAACAAGUUAUUUAUCAUUGGGGACAACCUAAUUACCUUGUGGGCACAAGUUAAUUAUCUUGGGGAACAAGUAAAGAUUAUUUACUUGUUCCCACAAGACAAAUAACUUGUGCCUACAAGGUAAUUAGGUUGUCUCUGAUGAUAAAUAACUUAUGUGCACAAGAUAAUUUCUUCUCACAAGAUUAUUACUUGUUCCCACAAGACAGGCUUUAUUACCUUCUAUGUACAAGAUGGGACAUUUAGGGGCUCCGUAAAUUGUAGAAAUUAGAGCUUUACAUUAAAAAAAAAAAAAAAAAAAAAAAAAAAAAUCAGCUAUUUUUUUGAUUCAUAAAACUCAGUAGAAGAAUUUUUAGUGCAAUAUUAGUAUAGACACCAGCAAAAAAACUGAACCCUGAAUGAAUCCAUUCUGUGUCGUCUGGUUAUAGUUAUGUAUCUAUGCUGUAUUUUAAAGUAACAGUACACCUGCAAACAUUAACACACAUUAUGUACUCUUGUCUUUAUAUAUCGGUGUCUCAGGGCAUCCCCACUGCCUUCUGCACAUACACUGCCUGAAACCUUCAAACCUUGAUAAUUCAACCCAUUUAACUGGUUGCCUCUUUGAAAUCCAGUCUGUUAGUGCUAAAUGUACUGGUGCUUAUAGAUAUUUAUUUCCUCAGGAGUCUCAAUCUUAUAAGCAAUCCCAAAAAAACAGAGGACAUGUGAAUUGUUAUAUCAAGACAGUAUCAUUUAAGUUUGGCCAGUAUUGUGCAGGUUUCUUGUGUUAAGGUGAACAGGGUGUCUUUGAUGUCUGUACAAGUACAAUGAUUGUGUUUUGUGCCUGUAUGGUUAUUGUGUAUUUACAGCAUACACAGAUGUCAUGGCAGUCUGUCUAAUGUCUUUUAGUAAAUAAAAACCACUGACUAAGGUUUGAAUUUGUAAUUCAGGGCCUCAUUUAUAUAUGUAAGAAAAUGCUCCCUGUUUUUAUCUUCACCCUGCUGUGUGACUGUUUUAAAGUAUGUGAUUAAAUUCUUCCUACGUCAAGACACCAUCCUCAGUUUUCUGACAUGAACUUUCACAUUUCCCAGCAAGACCGUAACUGUAGAUAAAUGAGGCUUGAAAAUGCUUCCACCUCAGAAGUCAAAUGCUGCAACUUCAUGUGAUAUGGCAAUGUGAUCUGUGCAGACUUGGAGCUUCACCUGGUUAACUGUUUAAAAUCUUAAGUGUAACAAUGCUGAUUUUGUUCUGACUCACUUCCCUGCUGCUCAAGGUUCCCUUUCAAGCUGCAACCUCCAACGUCUUGCUUUAAUUCAGACCAAAACAAGCCUUCCAUGUGGGGGAAAUGUGAAGUUUUCUAUGUUGUAACAGUCAUGCAUACUACUAAUCCAAGCAAUACAUCAUCGCACUCCAACACUCUGCCUGAUAAGAAUGUUAUAUCCAAAUCAUUUUGUGUACACAUUGGUCUCUAAUUUGAGUUGCAGUUUGCAGUCUACCUACCAUCCCGAGAGCCAUUUUGAGGUCUCUCAAACUUAAGUCUAUUUUUGUGUUAAACUGUAAAUGUACAUAUUGGUGGUGAGUGUGUGACAAGAAUAAAAAAAUAUAUAAGAA